AUGGCAUCCUUGAAUAGAGGUGUUUCUGGAACUGAUUUUCGAAAUGCUCAUGUUGAUGAAAGGGAAACUCUUUUGGAGCAUGAUAGCGAGCCGGAUGAAGAUAUGAUUUUCAAUCGCUCCAGCAUAUCUGAUGACGAUGAAAUCAAAGUUCACAAAAAAAUCGAUAGCGUAAAAAUACAAAUACGUGAAGUAACUGAUGUAAUGCGUGAUAACGUACAAAAAGUAUUAGAAAGGGGAGAACGAUUAGAGGACUUGCAAUUAGCAAGUGAUCGAUUGAAUUUUGCUGGUAAUGAAUUCCGCGACGCAGCCCGACGAGCACAACGUAGAGCGUGGUUACAAAAUAUUAAGUCCCGAUUAGACCAUUCUGUAAUAUUUUCAGUUCUAGACGUCGUGGUGCUUUAUCUGAUAGGCUUGUCCGCAGUGAUUGCAUUUAUUGCCGCGUAUAUUUUUACCGGAAGUCGAUGGCGUACAUUGUUUAUUAUUUACAAAACUCUACCGAGAGAUAUAACCGGAGCAUUUAGAUUUUUAAAAGUAAAUUUUUUACUGUGGUAUUGGGAAAAGCGUCAGUUUACAGUCGCUAAAUUGUUUAAGAGACAGGCCAAAUCAAAUCCAAAUAAAGUAGCGUUGAUGUACGAAAACCAGGAGUGGACUUAUAAACAGUUAGAUGAUUUUAGUGAUCGAUUAGCAUAUUCCGUUCGCACUCAACCAAUCAAGAGUGGUGAUAGUGUUGCCUUACUUAUGGAAAAUCAUCCGGAAUAUAUUGGAAUUUGGCUGGGAUUGAGCAAGGCUGGUUUUGUUACUGCCCUAAUCAAUACCAAUUUACGGAAAGAUGUUCUAAUUCACAGCAUUAAUGCUGCCGAGUGUAAAGCUAUCAUUUUUGGUGCUGAAUUCAAAGAUGCAAUUGAUGAAAUAAGAACAAAGAUACCUAAUAUAAUUUUGUACCAGUGGUCAGAAGAUGAAAAAACACCAAUUUUGAAAAAUGCCAUUGAUUUAAAGAGUCUGAUAGCUAGAAAUUCAGCAGAUUCUAUCAAUAUUGACAUAUCGUUCGGUCAUCCUCGGGAUAAAUUAAUUUAUAUAUACACAUCUGGAACCACAGGAAUGCCUAAGGCUGCGGUUAUUAAUAAUCUCAGGUACAUGUUGAUAUCUUGCGGUGUAUACUACAUGCUUGACCUUCGGCAGACGGAUCGUAUUUACGAUUCGCUGCCACUGUACCAUUCAGCAGGUGGUAUUGUUGGUGUUGGUCAAGCACUUUGCACUGGAGUAACCGUGGUGUUGAGGAAAAAAUUCAGUGCCUCAAAAUUCUGGGAUGACUGUAUUCAGUACGAGUGCACUGUUGCUCAAUACAUCGGAGAAAUUUGUCGGUUUUUACUAUCAGUUCCCGCCAGCCCUAAUGACACUAAUCACAAAAUCCGGCUUAUGUUUGGCAACGGGUUGCGACCUCAAAUAUGGGAGACAUUCGUUAAACGAUUCCAGAUCAAACAGAUUGGCGAAUUCUAUGGUGCGACUGAGGGAAAUUCAAAUUUAGUAAAUAUUGAUAACCGGGUAGGUGCCGUCGGGUUUAUACCUAAAUUCGCUGGUCGCUUAUACCCCGUUACUCUGUUGAGGAUUGAUGAAGAGACUGGCGAGCCAAUUAGACGAAAUGGAUUGUGUGUUCCCUGUAAAGCAGGCGAGCCCGGAAUAUUUGUUGGGAAAAUAAAUCCCAAGAAGGCAGUGAAUGAUUUCAGUGGGUACGCUGAUAAAAAAGAGUCGGAGAAAAAAAUUCUGUAUGAUGUCUUUAAAAAAGGAGACCGCGUUUUUAACUCGGGUGAUAUUUUAGUAAUGGAUGAGCUCGGGUAUUUUUAUUUUAAAGACAGAAGAGGAGAUACCUACAGAUGGAAGGGCGAGAAUGUCGCUACCGCUGAAGUAGAAGCAGUUAUCAGUAAUAUUUUAAGUUUAAAAGACGCUGUAGUUUAUGGGGUUGAAAUUCCCGAAAACGAGGGUAAGGCUGGAAUGGUUGCAAUAUACGACCCUGAAAAUUCAUUAAAUCUUAAAGAGUUGGCGGAAGGUAUAAAAAAAGGCUUACCGUCAUACGCCAGACCACUUUUUAUUAGAGUUUUAUCACAACUACCUCUUACAGGUACUUUCAAGCUUCAAAAGCGUGAUCUACAAAGAGAGGGAUACGAUGUAACAAAGGACAUUAAUUGUCGUGAUAAAAGAAAAAUAGCUACAUUUAUUCGCAAUCUGAUAAGAUAA